UGACCAACCCAAAAAUAAUGACCAACCCAAAAAUAAUGACCAACCCGAAACUAGUGACCAACCCGAAACUAGUGACCAACCCGAAACUAGUGAUCAACCCGAAACUAGUAACCAACCUGAAUGUUUAUUACUAUACCAAAGUAUUUAUGAAGAAUCGUAUGAUGAUUUAUAUGAAGAUAGUUGUGUAUAUUAUAAGCCAGAAGAUAGUUGUGGAGAGGAUGAGCCAGAAGAUAGCAUAUUGAGAGAAAUUUAUAGUAGGCAAAUAACUGUAAGGGUAGAAAAGGGUGAGAGUAAUUGGGCAAGGAAGACGUAUAAGUGCCAUCAUGGUGGAAAAUAUGUACCAAAAAAAAGGUUGGAUUCUACACAAAAUAGAGACCGAGAAUCAGUCUGUAUUGAUUGUGGGUUUAUAGUAAAUGCUUCAUAUCGUAAAUCUGAGAACCUAGUAUUUGUUAACAAAUUUGUUAAUAAAUAUAAACAUCCAUUACAAAACUGGGAUUCUCUUCAAGAAUUCUCACCAGCAUUACGUAGGAUACCAGAUGAUAUAAUGAAUGAAAUCAAAUUUUAUAUACAAGAGUGUCAAUUAGGGGCUACUGUUUUAAAAAAGAUAUUAAGAAAAAAGUAUCCAGAUCAGGACAUUUACCACCAAGAUCUUUAUAAUGCGAUACAUAAAUUUAAAGCUGGUUUUCAAGUUAAAAAUGAUGCUGCGACACUUCUAGAACAUUUAAUUAAAUUACAUUCGGAGGAUCCUGAAUAUUAUUUCAAAGUUGAAUUUGAGGGUAUUGAUAAUAGACUAUUCAAAAUUUUUUGGAUAUCGCCUGAGCAGAAGCAAAUGUGGAUUUGA